AACAUCCUUUCUCCCAGACGGAGGCUAAGGGUGGAAACAGGAAAGACAAAGAAGUGUAAAUGGUUGUAGGUGGGGUGGGGUGAAAGAAAGAUGGUCGGUCAGCUGUGACAGUGACAGACGGGUGAUCUCCAUUUUCACAUGAGCACAGCCCAUAUUCAAAGCAGAUAGAGUUCCUGUAUGAAAGUUAUAGAUUUAAUUCAGAUGCCAGCAGAGAAAGCCACAGUCAACACCAUCACCCAUGGGCCAGAACAAUUCCCAACCCAAGCUGUUCCCGGGAGACAUCGUGGAAUAUCCCAGGAACAAAUACUUCUCUCAGUUCGGGGUGUACUUCGGGGAGAGGGACGGCGUUCCCUACGUGGCCCACCUGACAUGUCGAGAUUCAGACACCAAGAUCCCGCUGUUUGGCCGAGCGCUGAGGUCGGAGGUCAGACUGGAUCCUCUGGAGCUGCUGGGGACUAAAUACAAGGUCAACAACAUGCUGGACGAAACACACGCACCCAGAGACUUCCACACGGUGGUCAAACCCGCCAUCGAGGACAUGAUGGGCCGCGAGGUGACCUUCGACAUCCUGUUUCACAACAGCGAACACCAGGCCACGCUCUUCAGAUACGGAGUGAAGAAGUCCGAGCAGAUAGAGAAGGUCUACCAGCACAUCAUGCCGGCCUGGAAGAAGCUGUUCAAGCACAAGCUGCUGUGAAGGCUGCUGGGCUCCGUGUGACCACCAGAGGGCGCCCUAGACCUCCAUUCUUCCAUUGUUCUGUCCAUCUUUCCACUCUUUUCCUCCUUUCUUUACACUCCUGCUUCUUGUUUCCUUUCUUUUAUUUCUUUUCACCUGUACUCUUACCUCCUCUUUUUCAUCCUUUCCCUCCUUUUAUCCUUACAUCCUUCAAAUCAUGUCCUUUUAUCCCUAAUUUCUCUCCUUCAGUCCUUCAUUCCUUUCCUACUUAGUUUAUUUCCUCUGUUCCUUACUUCCUUCCAUCCUCUUUCUUUCCUCAUUCUCCUCAUCGUCAAUCUUUAUUAUCUGUUUAAACAAUAAAG